AAAAUUUUUCCAGCUAAUGCAACGACAACAACCAAAAACAAUACAAUCAAGACAACGACAACGACAACGGCAGCUACUCAUCAACACUCCAAUAGCCUGACUUUCCAAUCGGAUUCGGAACCUCUCUCUAGACGUAUCGAUUCAGAAACAGAUGAAAAAUCGCCCAGUGAAUCAGAAUCAGCCUCGUUGCCCUCUUCUACCGUGGAACCAACACUAGAAAUAUCCAAAUUCACAGCCACUCAAGAACAGGAGACCUCCUCAAAAAGCCCAUCUAAAACCGGAGCUGGAACGUCUUCAGACACGUCAGGUACUCCAAUGGAGACCCUGGAAUCGGUAGUAGAACAAGAAAUUAGCAACACUACAACGGAGCUCGAAGAAGAAGCCUUUAAAAUCAUCGACUCAGUCAAACACCAUUUUGAUUUAGUGCCUGCAGGAACGUCACGAAAACCGCCAUCCACUUCAGAGACCACUUCAGCCGAACCUUCGAAAUUUGAGACCGGAGACAACGAUACGGACGGAAUGAAGGUGACAACAUUAACAAUCGAAUCAGAUCAAUCAGAUAAUUCGAUUGAUCUGACAACACCGUCUACUGAUCGUAUUGGAUCCGGUAAAUCGGAUCAUCUGGGAUCAUCUGAUCUAGAAAAGUCCCAGAAACAAUCUGAGGCACAAGAUGAGACCCAAAACCAAGAAACCGCCCAAACAGUUUCAUUGCAAUCGCCGAUGCCCACAUCGAUUAUUUAUGAAGGAACUCCUUCAAAUUGCGCGGGUCGCCUGGAAUUUCAGCGCAUUCCGAUUGCAAACGUUCGAAAAUUAAACGUCACCCGCCAGGUGCCCGCUAGAACCCCGGCUGAUUGUGCACGGCAGUGCUUUGAAACGGAAAACUGCUCUCUGGCCGGCUAUAUACCGAAUAUAAGUGGUGAACCGACCAAUGGAGCGUGUAUGCUGACCUCAGGUGCUGAAGUGUGUGGUGAGGGCGAGGAGAUGGUUCCUCAGCAUGCCUCGCUGAGUGCCUUCUUGAUCAGUUGCAUAAGAUGUUCAGCUUGUAAGUAUGUGAUAAGCACUGAGCUACCCAAACAGAGGCAAUUGCCCGAAUUCGACGACUUUGAAGUGGUUUCAUCCGUCGGCAAAUGUGCCGAAUUGUGUGCAAAACAAAAUUGCUCAUUGGCAAAAUACGAUUCGAGCACAGGACUUGUAAGCGAUUGUUUUCUAAAAUUUUAA